CAAAAAAUUAGUGGGACGUCCUUAGCUAAGAUGUUUUUUUCGUUGUCCUUAGGUGACACGUGUCGUCCUCUCGUUCUUCUCUUUCUCUUUCUCUUUCUCUCGACAGAAUCAAAGGUCUUGCCUCUGCCCAUGGCGUUUCUGUUGAUCUCUUUGACGGACCAGAAAAGGAGAGACAUGAAGAGUUAGAUCUCUCUCCCACUUCAGCAAGAGCUCGUUUCGAGACCAUGAUUCGAGCUGCUCAGUGUGCGCAUCGACUCUGGCCAGGAAUGGAGUCUCCGUCACUAUCUUCGACUCCACUCGUGGUCCCGGUGGCCGCAUGUCUCAAAGAAGGGAGGUUGGGGAAGAUGGGAAGGAGUUGAUGUUCGACCAUGAAGCUCCGUUUUUCUCUGUGACCAACCCUAAUGCUAUCUCCCUUGUUCACGAGUGGGAGUCUUUAGGUUUUGUUUCUCAAUGGAAACAAGUUUUCGGCUCUUUCGAUUCUGCCUCCAACAUGUUUCUUGGCUUCCAACAGGAAGGGGAUCACACCAACAACAACAAGUAUGUGGGUGUUCCAGGCAUGAACUCUAUAUCAAAGACCUUGUGCAACCACUCCGACUUGUCUCAUGUGUUUGCCUCGGUGAACAGAAGCAUCAACUUCAUUGAUCAUACUAGUGAUCUUUCUUGGAAAGAUUUUAUUUAUUGUUUAUAUCUCAGAGAAUCAAACCUAUUGUUGUUGAUCCAGCACUAUACUUGGCAAGAAGAACACAACUCUUCACUGCUACUGAGAAACGACCAACACCAGAUGCUUUCAAAGUCUUUACAGGCUCGCCGUGGAUCGUACUAAGCAGAUCUUUCUUGGAGUAUUGCAUCUUCGGUUGGGACAAAUAUACCAAGAAUCCUCCUCAUGUAUUUCAACAACAUGAUCCUCUCUGAAGAAUGCUACUUCCACACUGUGAUAUGUAACUCCCCCGAGUUCAGUAACACAGAAGUUACUCUUUCAAGUUUGUAAUUUAUGUUUUCAAUUUUACUAAGAAGCUAUAAAAGUCCUACCAAUAAUCUAUUUUUAUAUGAUUGUCCUUAGCAAAAUCUCUUAAGGACAAAGAAAUAAUUAAAUAUGUUAAAGACUCAAAUUUAUGUCCUACCAAUAA